AUGUCUUCUUUGCUUCAACUGAAGCAUGAGCAAUCUUGUUCCUAUAAUUAUGAUACUCUCAAGUCUUGGAAGCCCAAUACCAAUUGUUGUUCAUGGACUGGUGUCACUUGUGAUGGACACACCGGUCAUGUGAUUGGUCUCGACCUCAGUUCAUCUGGCCUCUGUGGUUCUAUCCAUCCCACCAGUGGACUAUUCCAUCUUCGUCACCUCCAAUCACUCACUCUGUUCAACAAUUCAUUUAAUGGCUCUAUUCCAUCUGGGGUCGAUCAACUCUCUGAGUUAACACAUCUCGACCUCUCUUGGAAUUAUUUUCGAGGUCAAAUCCGUGCCAAUUCUACCCUUUUCUUCCUUCCUAAUCUCCAAACACUCAAUCUCUCCUCCAAUAUAUUUGAGGGCUCUGUUCUAUAUGGGUUUGAUCUACUCUCAAAGUUAGUACAUCUCGACCUCCAUUGGAAUUCUUUUGAUGGUCAAAUCCAUGCCAAUUCUAGCAUCUUCCACCUUCCUAACCUCCAAACACUUGAUCUCUCAGGCAACAAUUUCGAGGGCUCAAUUCCAUAUGGGUUUGAUCGACUCUCGAAGUUAGUAUGUCUUGACCUCCAUAGGAAUUCUUUUGAUGGUCAAAUACAUGCUAAUUCUAGCCUCUUCCACCUUCCUAACCUCCAAACACUUGAUCUCUCCAGCAACAAUUUUGAGGGCUCUAUUCCAUAUGGGUUUGAUCAACUCUACAAGUUAACACACCUUGCACUCUCGGAAAAUUCCUUUGUUGGUCAAAUUCCAUUAGAAAUCUCCCAGUUGACAAAUUUGGUUUCUCUUGAUCUCUCCUUCAACGUAGGGUUGAAACUUGAAAACCCCAACCUGAGAACUCUCAUUCAUAAUUUAUCCAGUUUGAUUGAGCUUCAUCUUGAUUCAGUGAACUUGUCAGAUUAUGAUAAGAAUUAUUGGUAUCGGAGCUUAUCCUCGAUGCUCCCUAACCUUCAACGGCUAUCAUUGUCUAACUGUUCACUUUCAGGGGCCAUGGAUGCAUCCCUUUCAAACCUCCAUUUCCUCUCAGAGCUCAAUCUUGGCUACAAUAAUUUAUCUUUCAUGUCAAUACAAGAUCUCCUAGGGAGACUUCCUUCUUUGAGAGUAUUGAGUCUCUCAUCCACAGGAUUGCAUGGAGAGCUUCCAGACAACUUUUUCAGCCUACAACCAGACUUACAAGAUUUGGAAUUAUUUGACAACAAUCUUCUCUCAGGUAACUUACCAGAAUUUCCUCAUGUAAAUUCUCUGCGGUGUUUGGGGGUCAUCUCAACCCCACUCUGUAGAAAGUUGCCCAAGUCGAUCAACAAUCUAAAGUUGUUGGAGGUAUUGUACUUGUGUAAUUGUAGUUUGUCUGGGUCACUUCCUUCAACUUUUGCAAAUCUUUCCAAUCUUCAGCUAUUGGAACUUUCACAUAAUAGUUUGACAGGUCAAAUCCCUUCCUUUUUUAAGGACAAAUUCCCCAAUCUUUGGUAUCUAAGGUUGAGUAACAAUUUGCUUCAGGGACCAGUUCCAUCUUAUUUUGCAAAUCUUACCAACCUUCAACUUUUGAAUCUUUCAUAUAAUAGUUUGACGGGCCAAAUCCCUUCUUUUGCAAAUCUUACCCAACUUAACCAAUUGGAUCUUUCAUAUAAUAGUUUGACAGGCCAAAUCCCUUCUUUUGCAAAUCUUACCCAACUUAACCAAUUGGAUCUUUCAUAUAAUAGUUUGACAGGCCAAAUCCCUUCUUUUGCAAAUCUUACCCAACUUAACCAAUUGGAUCUUUCAUAUAAUAGUUUGACAGGCCAAAUCCCUUCUUUUGCAAAUCUUACCCAACUUUACCAAUUGGAUCUUUCAUAUAAUUAUUUGACAGGUCAAAUUGAUUCCUUCUUCAAUGAUGGAUUUUCCAAUAUUGAGUACAUAGUCUUAAGGAACAAUUUACUUCAGGGGCCGAUCCCUACCUCAGCUUGUAGUGGAGGAACUAAUCUGGAAGUUCUUGAUUUGUCUUAUAACAAAUUGAGCGGUGUGAUUCCCAAGUGUUCUGGUCCCUUAGUAAUUGGCAAUCUAAGUGUCCUCAAUCUAGAGCAGAACAACUUGCAUGGGCCCAUUCCUGAUGCUUACACCAAAGGUUGCAAACUUCAAAUAUUCAAAGUCAAUGGCAAUCAACUCCAGGGGAAAUUACCAGCAUCAUUCGAAAAUUGCAAGGAUAUGGAGGUGUUAGAUGUUGGGAAUAACCACUUGAGCGACACCUUCCCCUUCUGGUUGCAAAGCCUACCCCAAUUGCGUGUUUUGGUUUUGCAAUCUAACAAAUUCUAUGGUCCCAUUAAACAAAAGUACUCAAAGGCUACUGCUGAUUCUCAUUCUCCCUUCCCAUUGCUACAUGUCUUUGACAUCUCUCUAAAUAGUUUUACUGGAGAAUUGCCACUGGAAUAUAUUUGUCAAUGGAAAUCGAUGUUGAUUACAGAUGUAACUCAGUCGGUAAAUUAUAUAAGUUCGCAAAAUACAAGUGGACUUUCCUAUCAAGUUACUCUCAGGAUUGUAAUCAAAGGAAUAUCUUUGGAGAUGGAGAAGAUUAUAGAAACAUUCACCAUCAUAAAUCUUUCUGGCAACAGGUUUCAAGGAAAUAUUUCAGCUGCAAUUGGGGAACUUAAAGCACUCAUGGGACUCAAUCUAUCUGCAAAUGACCUCACGGGUCAAAUUCCAUCUUCAUUUUCUCAGUUGAUCAGGCUUGAGUCAUUAGAUCUUUCUAGAAAUAGUUUAUCGGGGGAAAUCCCCCAACAUUUGGCAGAUCUCACGUUCCUUUCAGUUUUGAAUCUAUCACAAAACCAUCUCACAGGAAGGAUACCACAAGGCAACCAAUUUGGAACAUUUCCAGCUGCUUCAUAUGAAGGGAAUUUGGGGUUAUGUGGACCUCCAUUACCAAAAAGAUGUGGAGUCAUAGAUAGUGCAUUACCUCCAACUUUGGCACUAGAAAAGGAAGAAGAUUCAACAAGUAUACUUGAUUGGAGAUUUGUGAUUGCAAGGUAUUGUUCAGGAGUGAUAAUCGGGGUGGUGAUUGGACAUACUAUGUUUUGGAGAAUCAUUGGAUGCUUCAAGCUAACAUCAAGAAUGAGAAAACUCAAGCGAAGACAAGGAUCAAGGAAGAGCAAAAGCCAUGGGAGAGUAAAAUGAACAACUGUCAAAUCGUGGAGUGAACAAGAUUUCAGUAGCAUUGUAUUUAUUUGUGUUCUUAAUGUUGAAUGCAUUUUUAUUUCUUAGUGAUGUUGGGUUGUUAUCUAUGAUAUGCUAUGUUCUUUUAAUUUAAUAGAAUUCCUCACUGCUGCGGAAGGUUCAGUGUCAAACGCUUGAAA